AAGCCAUCUCUUAGAGCAAAAGGGGGUUCCUGCAGGAAAGUGGGGGCAGGUGUGAAUUCUCCAUCAUACCCCAGGAAAGAGCUUCCUCUAGUGGAGAGAUGGAAUAGAUCUGAGAGGGAUACAGAAGCACAUGAUUAACUGAACUCUCAAAGUGGGAAGAUGGAAGAAUCUUAUGCGGUAACUGAUAUUUUAGCAUCUAUAUUAACAAGCUUUUGAUACCAUGAGACACCAGCAUGGAUACAGGUAAUAUCAGAGAAGGUCAGCACUCGUCCAAAUCAAAUCUCAGUCUUCACAGAUGAAAUAGGACCCUUCAUUGCUAACCUGGAGCUCCUACCCAAUGAACAGAUUCCCACUGCCAUCUGCGUGGGUUGGUUAAUUAGCCAGCACGAGGCUCUUGCACGUGAGUCACCAACAGCAGAAUGUAUGCAUCACCACCUGACACUUCAAGCUUUAAAAUCUAAAGGAGAAAAGAACCGCCCCCUCCUUCCAUCUGUGGAUCUCACCAAUACAGUGAGCCAGUCAGAAAUCACUGUAGUUAGAACUCUCCAGGGAGAAUCCAAUUUUUCCCUACCUGUGUCACAAAACAAGAGGUCAUGUUGAUGAAUCUCCUGAAAUCAGUUUAAGUGCCCCUCAGGAAUCUUGCCUUCUCCUCAGGCAGAGCGUGGGCUGAUGCUUCGCUACUCUCCACACACCUACUUCCUGAAAUCUUGGCAAUUACCAAUAGUGCAAAACCCAGUUUCUGACGUGGCUGACUCAGCAAGGGCUUGGCAAAACAAACACAUAUGCACAAGGAAUCAGAGCCUGGGAAGCAGUGAUAAGAGACAGAUGACGAGAGGUGGAAGAGAGCAGAAGAGAAAGAGGCACUAUAGGAUUUACCGGCUGAUUCCAAACCAGCAGAAUCUUGCUUGAGCUGCUGAUCGCGACACACAAGUACAUUGUCUACGGUGGUGGUCGUGGUUCUCAUUACUGAAUUCUGCUGUCUCCCCUCUGCCUGCAGAACUGGGCUGCUGCUCCACCACAGAGAGCUGUGGCUCUUUGUUGAACUCGAGACUGGAGUCCAGUGGCCUCCUACACAGUGCAGUGAACAGCUCCCUUCCUUGUGCUGCCUAGCAUGGAUACUUGGCGGAGAGGAUCCAUUAAAUCCACAACGUUCUUCAAGCGUCUUUCGUUCAGGAGGCAUAAAAAGCUGGGUAAUCAAGUCAUUAUUUUGAAUCAGAACAGCCAGACACUUGAGAACAAUGGACAGUACAAGAGGGAACCACUAAGAGACCUGAAGGAUAAAUCCGAGUACCAGUUAUGUAAGAGUGAGCAAAAUCUAGCUCAGGCACAGGCACCUCCUAAGCCACCCCGGCUGUAUCUGGACAGUUCCAGCUGCCCCAACAUAAUUGACCACACAGAGUCUCACUCUACAGCCAUCUCCUUUUCCAGUGUCACCCCUCAGUACCAUAAGGCGACACAAACACACGGGACUAACUCCCACACGGUCCAGGCUACAGACUGUGGGACCUCUGAAACAGGCUCUGAUCCCUUCCUUUCCUUCAAAGUGGACUUGGGGCUAUCACUCCUUGAGGAUGUUCUGCAGACUCUCAGGAAACAGAAUCCAAGAGAUUACGCAGCUUGAAAGUGUUUAUCAUUUAAGUUAUUAAGUUAAUUAUCAGCAUUAGUAGUUUCCUUAGCCCUCAAAGGAGAAGAGGAAACACUGGCGUGUCCCUACCCUGGAGUGCCUGUCUCAUCGUCCUGCCUUGCCCACCAUAAGCUGUUCUUGUCCAGGCUCCCUUCCUAUUGAGCUGUCAGUACACCAGUAUGUGAGAGAGGCACAUGCUGGAAUCUAGUCUGAUGCAUUUCCAUUCUCUACACUGGACAGGGAAUUCCUCUCCAUUGCUGACACUGUACCUCAUCCUGAUGAAAAAAAAGGCCACGUUUGGUAACAGAGACCUGUUAUUUUUGAAACACCGCUGUGACUAUAAAAGGCUUGUGGAAAAAGGGGGGCACAGAAACAGGAUUCCUGGGUAACUGGACAGUUUGGAUGAGAUGGCAGCUCCAAUAUCUCCAAGCCAGGUGGAGCAGAGACAAUGGAUAUGAUGAUUCAGGAUGUUCCUUUUCCAGUGGGUUUCUUUCCCCCUAACUCUUUUAGAUGGGCAUUCCCAUCUACCUUCUAACUGGAAAAAGGUAAGCAGCUGAAAAGGCUCACAAUAUAGCAACAGCGAAUUCUCUAGCCUAUUAGCAAGUGGAACAGCUUCUGUAGAUAUUUGCUUCUUACAGCAUGCUCUGAAUAAUCUGCUGUAAAUAAAUAUAGGUGAGAAUAAAUGUAUCUGUCAUUACAAGUCUGUCCUUGCUUCAUUUCACUUGU